GCCACCUCUAUCCCAAUCCCUGGGGCUCAAGCCCCCUUGGGGGACCUGCAUCCCAGCAUGUCUAUAGCUGUGGAGACCUUCGGCUUCUUCAUGUCAGCCCUGGGACUGCUGAUGCUGGGGGUGACCCUUCCAAACAGCUACUGGAGAGUGUCUACGGUCCACGGGAACGUCAUCACCACCAACACCAUCUUUGAGAACCUAUGGUAUAGCUGUGCCACCGACUCCCUGGGAGUCUCCAACUGCUGGGAGUUCCCUUCCAUGCUGGCCCUCUCUGGGUAUGUCCAGGGCUGCCGAGCCCUCAUGAUCACCGCCAUCCUCCUGGGCUUCCUGGGCCUCUUCCUAGGCAUGGUGGGGCUGCGCUGCACCACUAUGGGCCACAUGGAUCCUUCCAGGAAGGCCAAGGUGCUGGCCGCUGCGGGGGCCCUCCACAUACUCGCUGGGGCCUGUGGGAUGGUGGCUAUCUCCUGGUAUGCUAUCAACAUCACUACUGACUUCUUCAACCCGUUGUAUGUUGGAACCAAGUACGAGCUGGGUCCCGCCCUCUACUUGGGCUGGAGCGCCUCCCUGCUCUCCAUUCUGGGUGGUAUCUGUCUCUUUUCCACCUGCUGCUGUGCUGCCAAGGAGGACCCAGCCACCAGGGCCAGGCUUCCCUAUAAGCCCUCUACAGUUGUGAUACCCAGAGCCACCUCAGAUGAAAGCAACAUCAGCUUUGGUAAAUAUGGCAAGAACGCCUAUGUUUAGGAGCUCUGGCCUGGUGGACACCAUUUUUUUGUCUCACAGUCCCCAAUGGAAAAGUGUCCCCAGGAUCCCUGGACCAGUCUCCAGUUAAUAACCUCAGGACAGACCAUUUCCAGGCUCCACCCUGUGCCUGGAAGCCAUGACCUGCUCUGGAUAUACCUUAUCUGGCACUCCAGCCUCUCCCAGGGACAGAAGCUGGGGGGCAACUCGCAUGGCCUCCUACAGCUGGACCCAAGGGGACAGAGGUGUCUGCAGCUUGUGACACCAUAUAAAUACAUGCUUAAAUAAAUGUAUAUUGUGAUUGUUCGGGGGCUUCAGGGCUCAUGAGGUUGCAGCCAAGUAAGGGGUUCAUUGUCAUACCAUAGGCUGUCAAGACUGCCCACUUUCGAGCUGCCUCAUCCAGUGAAAUAAUGUGCCAAGGAGCUGGGGCAAGGGCUCAGUGAGUAAGAGUGUUUGCUACACAAGCAUGAAGACAUGAGUUCAAAUCCCCAGAACCUAUGUAAAAAGUGGUGCCUGAUCACACUCCGGUAACCCCAGUGUUGGGGAGGCUCUCUGAGGCUUACUGGCUUCCAACCUAGCUCCAGGUUCAAUGUGAGAUGCUGUCUCAAAGGAAUAAGGUGGAGAGUGAUAGAGCAGGCCACUGGAAGCCCUCCUUGACCUUUGCAGGCACACAGACUUGUACAGACAACACAUACAUGCACUUUUUUUGUUGUUUUUGUUUUUGGUUUUUUUAGUUUUUUGAAACAGGGUGUCUCUGUGUAGCUUUGGAACUCACUCUGUAGACCAGGCUGGCCUCAAACUCACAGAGAUCCGCCAGCCUCUGCCUCCUGAGUGCUGGAAUUAAAGGCCUGUGCCACCGCCGCCCCACUGCAUGCACACAUUCUUAACAAAAGGUGUUGCAAGUACCCACUCAGGGAAUAUCACUAGCUGGGACGCUGCUGGCCAGCUGAAAUUCUCUUUUGACCUGUUUUCUUACAGCUGCACAUUGUUUGUGUAUGUGUUUGAACUAGAUUUGGGGUUUAAUAAAGAUAUUUUAAAAGAUGCAUUAUUUACAUGUA